AUGAAAUAGUAAAUUAAAUAAGAUGAGUCUGUUCAACCUACGAUAAUUUUAUAACCAUCUUAAUACAAAUUUAUGAUUUUUAUGGACUCAUCUCUUCAAAAAGAUGUAGAUAAACUAUAUGUUAAAUAAUCUAAAUAGUUGUAUUUAAUUAUCUCUUAUUCCAUAUUAGUAUAGAUAAAGAGAGAAUUGCAAAAAUACAAGAAGUCAAGGAUUAAGUCAAAAGUCUUAGAGAAAUCCUAAAUGAUUAUUAAAUGCAACAAAAUGAGAUUGAUAGUCUCAAGUAGCAAUUAUAGAAUUAAAUCAAAGCUAUAUUGUCUAAAGAAUAAAUUAUUAAAAAUAUUGAAGAUACCUAUAUGUAAUAAAUGGAAGAAGUAUAUAAUUUCUAUUUAUUCAAAGAUUAAAAAUAAUUAUGAAUAAAGAUAAUUUGAUUUAGUCAAAGAAUGUGAAUAAUUAAAACUCAGAAAUAAAGAGUUAGAAGAAAUCAAUAUAAGAUAUCUAACCUAAAAUGAUUAGUUGCUUAAAACUAAUAAAAACUUAGAAUCAAAAGUCAAUGAAUUGGAUAUCAAACUUAAUCUAGCUGAAAAGGAUAAUCUGAUUAUAUCUAAAGAAUUAGAAUAAAUGAAAGAAAUUAGAGCAGGGGCAUUAUUUAUUCAAAGUGCUUUCAAAUUAUUAAAAUAACAAUAUUAAGAAAGUAAUAUAUAUACUCUUUUGACAAAUAAAUAUAAAUCUACUAUAUUAUCAUUUUUAGAACCUAAAGAUAUAUUUGCUUUAAUGUUGACAAGUAAAUAAAUGUAUUUUAUUAUCUAAAAUAAUCGAUCAUUAUUAAACUAUAUUGUCAAUUAUAGAACUCAGAUUUUAAAUAAAGAAAUCAAAUAUUUAAAGACUGAAUCAAAGUAAAUGCAAUAAUCUUAUAUAGAUAUUUUAAUGAUAUGGUUUAUUAAGUUCCUGAAGAAUUCAUUUAAAUUGGAAUUGCUAAAUUUUUAGUUUUUAAAUUCAAUGUUGGAUAAUAUAUGAAUGAAAUAUUUAAUGAUGCUUAUGAAUUAAUUGAGGGUAAAUUUUAAAAUUAAUAACAAAUUUAUUAAUAAUCAUAAUCAUAAUUAUAAAAUGACUCAGUUUAUUAAAAUGAAGAUUUAUUAGGUCUAAGUGAAACAGAUGAAUAAUAAUAAUAAUAAUAAUAAAAAUAACAAAAUUCAACAACAUAAUAUAAUGUGACAUUAACAGCCUCAAAUUUCUUUACUAAAAUUAAAUCUUAUGCAGGUAACAACACUUAAAACUCAAAUAAAAAUGUUAACAACAGUCCUUCCCAACCUUAAUAAAUAAAAUAAGCUAAAUCUUUAAGUGAUUUAUCUCUUUAACUUCAAUAAGAAUAUUAAGAAAUAGAUUAACUAAUACUAGAAUCCUUAUAGGUUCCAUUUCUUAAAGCAUAGAUCAUAUAAACCAGAAAAGAAAUGGUUGAUCUAGUUAAAAAAAGUGUAUAAAUUAACCAUCAAUUAUUUCAAACUGGAAGAAAAUGUAUACCAACAUCUACUUAUCAACCUAAAUUUACAAUGUAAGACUUUAUGCAAGCCUUAUAAAUGACAUUUUCUAAAUUCGUUGCUCAUGGACAUUAUCUUCAUUUAGAAUCCCAAUAAUUAUAAUAAUUAUGCAAUUACUUCUCAAAACUACUACUAUAAUAACAUAAAUUAAUUUAUUAAUUAAAGUCCUAAAUAGAUGAUUAUAAAGUUGAACUAGAUUCUUAAAAAGAAAUGAAAUAUUAUAUCUAAGAUAGAGCAAAAAGAUUUGAAGAAAGAAUAAUUAAAGCUGAAGAAUAAAUCUUUACUUUAAAUAAAUUAAAUUAUGAAUAAAAAUCACAAAUUUAAUCUUUAUAAAAAAAAGAAAAAUAGUUAGAAGAUCUUAAUAAAGAAAAAGAAUAAAAAACUUAAACUUUAUUCUAAGCUGUUAAAUAAAUUAAAAUAGAAAAAGAUUAAGUCGAAACAAAAUUAAAUUAAGUCUUAAUGAAUUUUAAGAAUAUUAAAAAUACACUUGGUAAAAUAGUUUGA